AUGGCCAGGUCAGCUGACACCAUUGAGAUGUCGGCUCUGGGCCGCCCUUUCCAGCUGGGGAUGCUGUACGACUGCCGCAGUGACGCCCUCAUCCCAGGCAUCACUUUAUGGGACCUGGAGACACUUCAAAAUGAUGUAGACGCAAAACCACAAUCCAAGACUGAAUUUCAGAUUGUUGCAUCUGACACCACUGAAGACAAGGCCUCUGCCCUCAGUGUCACAGCAUCGCUGAAGGCCAGUUUCCUGCUUGGCCUGGUGGAAGUGGGUGGAUCUGCAGAAUAUUUAAGUGAUACCAAGACAUCAAAACAUCAAGCCCGUGUUUCUCUCCAGUACUCAACUACAACACAGUUCAAGCAGCUGACUAUGAGCCAUUUAGGGUACCAUAAUAUCUCCUACCCUGACGUGUUUGACCAAGCCACGGCCACCCACGUGGUCACGGCUGUGCUGUACGGGGCACAGGCUUUCUUUGUCUUUGAUCAGGACAUUUCUUCAUCUGAGAACAUACAAGAGAUACAGGGAAAACUCCAGGUUAUCAUUAAAAAGAUACCCCAGGUUUCCAUCGAAGGGGAAGGAGCUCUCAAAAUGGAUGACACGGAAAAAAAACAAGCUGAAAAACUUAGUUGUAAGUUUUAUGGUGACUUUGCUCUUGAGAACAAUCCAUCUACUUACCAAGAUGCCAUGAAAACAUACUCCACCCUCCCCAAGCUGCUGGGCGCCCAGGGGGAGAAGGCCGUGCCAGUGAGAGUCUGGCUAUACCCGCUGACCAAGCUGGAUUCCAGAGCUGCUCGGCUGGUGCGUGAGAUCAGCACAGAACUGAUCUUUGAUGUUCAAACCGCCCUGGAGCAGCUGACAGAAUUAGAGAUGCGAUGUAAUGACGCGGGGAAGAAUCCAAUUGCCUCAACCUUCCCCGAAAUCAAGAGGAAAAUCCAGCAAUUCAAAGAUCUGUGUAAGCAACACAGACAGACUUUCCAGAAACAGCUAGCAGGAAUCUUACCCUCCAUCCGUGGAGGUGGAAAAGAGGAAGGGGCCCUGGUGGACAUUUUAACCUACAAAAACCAAUCACCGUUCAACACCCAGCAACUCAAUGAAUUUAUGGAUAAAAAGGAACGAGAAAUGACUUUCAUCAAUUCCUAUCUUUCUGUCCUAGAGGAUGUGGAAGUGGUGUCCUCCCGGAAUAAACUGGAUGAAAUAGUACUUGACCCCAUGAAUGACUUUGUCGUCGCCUUUAUGUUCACUUCAUUACACGAAGAGGAGCCAUAUUUAUCAGAUUUAAAACUCUGCCUUCAGACCCAGUUUAUGAAGAAUACCCAAGAUCCUGCAUCAGCCAGUUCUGUCAGCGAGAAAUCCAAACUGUGGGUUGAGGACAAAGAGAGAAACCAAAAAGCCCGAAAAUCUGCAAAAUCCAUUUCAGACUUUGCCCGGGUCAAUAAAUCUCAUGGGAAAACUCGAUUCAUUGUGGCCUCGGUCCCAGAUGAGGACAAUCCUGGAGCUUCAAUUUACCUCUAUGAAAAUGGAGAGCUGGUCAACGCUAGCUAUGAACUUCCAUCGAAGCCUCUUUCUCUCCUGACAGAUGGAGUCAGACAUGACCAUGUGCAGCUCACAUUUAAACCAGCAGCCUUUGGGAGAAAGGAGAUAACCGGCUAUCGGGUGGAGCACAGAAUGGUAGGGCAGGAGAACUGGACGGCUGUGGAUACAAAUGAUAAACAAGAGACCUUCACAGUAACGGGGCUCCGUGCAAACACCACAUACCAGUUCCGAUACGCUGCAGUGAGCAAACCAGGGCUCAGCGAGAGCAGCGACGUGAGUGAUCCUCUGGAGACGGCCGUGCAAGGGCUGCAGCCGCAAAUCAAAGCUGGCCUGACAAAGCUAGAAGAGCUAAGACAGACGCAGCGAGCUCUGGAACAGCAUCAGGGGGAAAUGGAGGCCAAUAAAGACUUUGAGUAUGAGGUAGGGAAAACAGUGCCAGUGAAACUAGAGGUUAUUAAAGAUUAUUUAACAAACUGUCAGACUUGUCAUUACACGUGCCACUAUCCCUGUGGCAUUGCUGAUGACAAACAGAAGAACAGGUGUUCUGCGAUGGACAAGUCUGGACGCUGCACUGUUUGCCCAGGUAAAUGUCAGUGGAAUGUUCACUUCAAUCAAAAGUACAGGUGGGAUUAUAAGGUAGUAAAAGAGAAACAGACCUACACACAACUGAAGGAAAAGUACGAGAAGGCAUCGGGUGAGGUGAUGACGACUGAGAAGAUAUUUGAGCAGCUUUUUCUGGACUACACAGAAGUAGAAGAUAUAGUGCUAGAGCUUAUUGAGAGAUCAUCUCUCAGCCUCCAGCGCCUGCAAGAAAUUGCCUUAAAACCAAACCCGCUGUCCACUCCGGACUACAUUGACCAGAUGGUCAUGUCAGAAGAACAGGAAGCAAAGCCUGGGUACCAGGAACGCAUACAAUCACUGAGUAAAGUGAGAGAAACAGCUGUGAUAAAAACCAAGACCGCCAAUAACGAGGAAUUGCUGCCCGCAGAGUUGGAAAUAUAUAAGAAGCGUAGUCAAAAGCGAUCUAGAUUUCAACGAAUGUUUGAUGCAGUAAAACACUUGUUUAAAUAA